GUGCUUCAGGAGAGGCAAGCUGAUGUCUGUGCCAAAAUGGGGAGGCUGGAGUGGACUGCGUUUGUGUUCCUCUUGGGAGUGGGAGUCGUGUGCUGCACUCGGAGAGAUUACUUCAUAGGAAUUAAAGAGGUUCAAUGGGAUUAUGCCCCCACGGGGAUUAACCAGAUUCAGAACAAAACCAUCCAGGAGGACGAAAAUGCACGCAAGUACCUGGAGAAGGGGGAAAUGCGGAUCGGACGCACUUACAAGAAAGCUGUGUACAUGCAGUACACCGACGCCACCUACAGGCAGGAGGUGGAGAAGCCCAAGUGGCUGGGCUUCAUGGGGCCCCUGAUCAGCGCUGAGGUGGAGGACGUGGUCUACGUUCACCUGAAGAAUAUGGCCACCAGGACCUACUCCAUACACCCGCAUGGCUUCAGCUACAACAAAACCAGUGAAGGUGCCCUGUACCCAGAUAACACUGGCGUAAGUGAGAAAGUUGACGAUGGAAUAGCUCCAGGGAAAAGCUACACGUACAUCUGGACCCUGGAUCCCUCUCAUGCGCCCGGCAAAGAUGACACCAACUGCCUGACCCGCGUCUAUCACUCUCAUGUCAAUGCCCCCAAGGACAUGGCCUCAGGGCUCCUGGGACCCCUCAUCAUUUGUAAAAAGGGUUCUCUGGAUAUCCAUGGUGAUAAGGACGGAGACUAUCUGUAUGCACUCAUGUUUACUGUAUCUGAUGAAAACAUGAGCUGGUACCUGGAUGACAACAUCAAGACAUACUGCACGGCCUCAAGCAAAGUGCACAAGGACGACGAGGCAUUCCAGGCGAGCAAUAAAAAACCUUCGAUUAAUGGCUACAUGUUUGGCAACCUGCCUGGCCUCAGCAUGUGCAUGGGCAACAAGAUCCACUGGCACCUCCUGGGCAUAGGCAACGAGAUGGACGUCCACUCCAUCCACUUCCACGGCCAGAUACUGACCCACCUCGGCCACCACGUGGACACCAUUAGCCUUUUCCCAGCAUCCUUUGUAAACGUGGUUAUGGUAGCAGACAACCCUGGACAGUGGCUCAUGGGCAGUGUAGUCAAUGACUACGUAAAAGAUGGCAUGCAAGCAAUUUUUGAGAUUAAGAAAUGCUUCCCUGAAGUUCACAAACCCAGGCCUAAUGGUGCCACCCGGCAGUACUACAUCGCUGCUGAGGAGGCCAUCUGGGACUACGGGCCCACACAGAAAAACCAGUACUCUGGAUCACCUCUUAGGACGGAUGAUGAUGCCGGAACCUUCUUUGAGAUUUCUAAUAACCGCAUUGGGGGGAAAUACAAAAAGGUGAGAUAUGUGGAAUACACAGAUGACAAGUUUACCAAACUCAAGGAGAGAACUGAACAGGAGCAGCAUCUAGGAAUCCUGGGCCCUGUGAUCAGAGCGGAGGAGGAAGACACUAUUAAGGUGACGUUCAAAAACAAAGCCUCACGCCCCUACACCAUCCAACCCCAUGGGGUCCAGUAUCAGAUAGAGGAGGAUGGGACCCUCUACCACAAUGUUCUGGAAGAGUCCCACACUGCCAAAAAGCUACGUGAAAUAAAAAAACUGCCAAGGAUUGUUACACCCCCCCCAGCGGCCAUGGUCCGCCCAGGCACCACCUACACGUACACCUGGGUCGUCCCCAAAGGUGCGGGGCCCACUGAUGACGAUGCCGACUGCAUUAAUUACCUGUACUACUCAGCAGUGGACCCAGUACAUGACACUAACUCGGGACUGGUGGGUCCUCUGUUAGUCUGCAAACCCAAGGCCCUAAAGGCAGGAAAACAGAAAAAUGUUGAUAAAGAGUUCCACUUACUGGCCAGCAUCUUUGAUGAGAAUUUGAGCUGGUAUUUGGAUGAUAACAUCAAAAUGUUCAGCAAAUCUCCAAAUACGGUCAAAAAACAUGACGAGGAUUUUAUGGAGUCAAACAAAAUGCACUCCAUCAAUGGGUAUAUGUAUGGUAACCUGCCUGGACUGAGCAUGUGCAAAGGAGACAAGGUGUCCUGGCAUCUCUCUGGGCUGGGCUCAGCUCUGGACAUUCACGGCCUCCAUUUCCAGGGCAACAGGUUCCUCUACAAAGGCACCAGGAAAGACGUCCUCAACGUGUUCCCCCACAUCUCACACACAGUCAUGAUGGAACCUGACAGCAUGGGGCAGUUUGAGGUGGUGUGUAAGGUCGCUGACCAUUACCAAGCUGGGAUGAGGGCCAACUACACGGUGAAUAAGUGCAGCAUCUUUAACCGGCAAUCGGAGAUGAUGCUGCACCAGAGUAAGUACUACAUCGCAGCCGUGGAGGUGGAGUGGGACUACUCCCCGAGCCGCACCUGGGAGGACGGAAUGUACAAGGGACUCAAGGACAGCCCAGGCAAUGCUUUCCUGACCAAAUUCAUCGGCUCCAAGUACAAGAAGGUUGUGUACAGGGAGUACACUGAUGACAAAUUCACCAAGCUGAAGGCGAGAGCUGCUGACGAGGAGCACCUAGGAGUUAUGGGCCCAAUGCUUCAUGGCAAUGUCGGGGAGAAAGUGAAGGUUGUCUUCAAGAACAUGGCCACAAGACCCUAUUCUAUACAUGCUCAUGGAGUGAAGACUGAAAGUCCUCAAGUUGUUGCAACUAAACCAGGUGAGACACACACAUACACCUGGUACAUCCCAAACACAGCUGGGCCCACCAAAGAACAGGAGGAGUGCAGUGUUGGGGCCUAUUACUCCACAGUUGAUGUAAACAAGGAUAUGUACAGCGGUCUGAUUGGUCCACUAGUGAUAUGUAGGCGGAGCUGGAUGAGGAAGCUGGGCUUGAAGAAGGAGAUCGAGGAGUUUGCCCUGCUCUUUAUGGUGUUUGAUGAAAAUCAGUCCUGGUACCUGGAUGAAAACAUCAAAUCCCGUGUGAAGGACGCCAGCCCCAAACUGAAAGAGGAUGAGGAUUUCAUAGAGAGCAACAAAAUGCAUGGGAUUAAUGGACUAGUAUAUGGUAACCUGAAAGGCCUCAAGAUGGAGGUGGGCGAUAAAGUAUACUGGUACCUGAUGGGCAUGGGCAAUGAAGUAGAUAUACACACAGCUCAUUUCCAUGGCCACAGCUUUGACUACAAGCUGAGUGGCACCCACCGCACAGAUGUGUUUGAGCUGUUCCCUGGCACCUUCCAGACAGUGGACAUGAGGCCUAAGUACCCAGGCACCUGGAUACUGCACUGCCACGUCACGGAUCACAUCAUGGCUGGCAUGGAGACCACCUACACGGUUCAGGAGAAGGAGAAGAAGAAGGGAAUGUUUGGGCGCUAAUGCAGAAACCACACACCCAUGUGUCACCCAUGCACACUGCUAUGUAAGAUUUUAUACACUGCUAUACAAGAUUAGAUUUUAUGCUCACUUUCUAAAUAAACAUGACUUGACAUUUUAAAGAAA